AUGUUGAGGCUCAAAAUGAGCAUGAGUCAUCUCCCUGGGACACCCACAUGCCCCAGGGAGAUGACAGCAAAUACUAGGAGGAAAGGAAGGGAGAAAUUGAACAACAAGGAAAACCGAAACAUUCAGCCAUCUCUGCCCCCUUCCCUAGCUUCAGCUGAUUCAAGAUCUCAAAUGACUUACCUCAAUGAGGAUUCCAAUACAGGU